AUGACGGACGGUGGUAGUACGGCAUAUAACAGCCGCAUCGAGGGGCUUCGACAAAAUGAAUUCCCCAUGUUGCGAGAUGAAAUCUAUCUUGACCAUGCUGGGACUACAUUGUAUGCGAAGUCCCUCGUGGACAAAUUCGCCGCUGAUAUGACGUCGAAUCUCUUUGGCAACCCUCAUUCCGCUUCCUUAUCCUCUCAGACUUCGACCUCUCGAAUUGAAGAUGUUCGACUCCGGGUCUUGCAAUUCUUCCAUGCUGAUCCCUCCGAGUUCGACUUUGUCUUUGUUGCUAACGCAACCGCAGGCAUUAAGCUGGUCACUGAUGCUUUUCGGGGCCACGAGCUCGGUUUUGACUACUUCUAUCAUCAAGCAUGUCACACCAGCUUAGUCGGUGUUCGAGAAGAAGCUUCACAUAGUCUUUGUCUGGAUGAUACUGCUGUACGUGAUUGGAUUAGUGGGACUAAUCCGACUGCUGAAUUUGAGCAUCAUGCCGGGCCAGUCCUUUUUGCGUACCCAGCCCAAUCCAAUAUGGACGGCAGAAGACUUCCUCUAGAUUGGUCCGAUGAAGUACGCAAAGGCCAAUCUAAUUCAGACCGCCCAAUUUUCACCUUGCUAGAUGCCGCAGCAUUUGCUUCAACGUCCCCUCUGAACUUGAGCAACUCAGAAACGGCUCCCGACUUUACUGUACUGAGCUUUUACAAGAUAUUCGGAUUUCCGGACCUGGGUGGGCUUAUCGUGAGACGCCAAGCGGCGUCGAUUUUUUUGUCACGUAAAUACUUCGGAGGUGGCACGGUCGAUAUGGUAGUCUGUCUUAAAGAACAAUGGCAUGCUCCCAAAUCGCAAGCCUUACACGAAUCGCUAGAAGAUGGGACACUGCCAGUGCAUAGUAUCAUCGCGUUGGCCUCGGCUCUUGAUGUUCAUCGCCAAUUAUUCAACACCAUGGAAGAUGUCGCAGGCCAUACAUCGUCCCUAUGUCGAAGACUAUAUCGUGGUUUAGAUGUUCUUAGGCAUGGUAAUGACCAACCAGUCUGUGUUGUGUACUCACAACUCCCUCUCAUGUCGAAUAGCGGUCCGGUCAUAGCUUUCAACUUACGAAAUCACCUGGGGGGUUGGGUUAGUUUGGCUGAAUUCGAGAAGCUCGCGGUGUUGAAACGGUUUCAUAUCCGCACAGGAGGGCUCUGCAACCCAGGUGGAAUCGCAUCUUCCCUUAACCUUGAACCAUGGGAAAUGAAGAAAAACUUUUCUUCUGGUUUUAGAUGCGGGACUGAUAAUGACAUUAUUGGCGGAAAGCCAACAGGAGUUAUUAGAGUAAGCCUGGGAGCUAUGAGCACUAUUUCAGAUGUUGAUAAGUUCGUUGAGUUCAUUGCUGAGUUCUAUCGAAUUGAAAACAUCCCUAAACCUGUGUCUACAAUUCCAAUCCCAUCUCCCCAAACCCCACCUGAUCUAUACUUGAAAAACAUCACGGUUUUCCCGAUCAAGAGUUGUGGCGGGUUCUAUGUUCCUUCCGGGGUAAUGUGGGAAGUAAGAGAAGAGGGACUGGCAUGGGAUCGAGAAUGGUGCUUGGUUCAUCGAGGUACUGGUCAAGCAUUAAGCCAGAAGCGACAUCCGCGCAUGGCUCUUAUACGACCGGUGAUUGAUUUUGCUAAGGGUCAUUUGCGAGUUUCGUAUUUAGGCCCUUUGAAGACAGAUGAACCCGAGCUAAAUAUCCCUCUAUCCGCAAAUCCGUCCCUAUUUCAAGCUGGUGCUGCUUCCAAACAGAUGGCUUCCAGGGUUUGUGGUGAAGAAAUAUCAGCGCAAAUAUAUACAUCGAAUAGCGUGAAUGAAUAUUUUUCAAAAAUUCUGGAUGUGCCGUGUAUGCUAGCUCGAUUCCCACCAGGCGGCUUGGGGAAAAGUAUGCGGCAUGCUAAGGCCCACCUCCAGAAACACCAAAAGGUCAAUAAGAAGAUACAGUACAAGAUACCUAGCCAGUUGCCAGGAAUGGAUACGCCACCUGAUUCAGAUUCCGAAUCUGAGCGGCAGCGGAUUCUACUAUCGAAUGAAAGUCCAAUCCUCGCAAUAAACUUAUCCAGCUUAGAGAUGUUGAAUCAUCAGAUAGUCGAGCAAGGCGGGAGACCUAUCUCUCCAGGAGUGUUUCGAGCAAACAUCGUCAUCGCCUCCUCAACUUCAGAAUCACAGUCGCUUGCCUAUUCAGAAGAUCAUUGGUCGAGUUUAAGAAUUGGACAACAGGAUUUCAAGAUGCUGGGUUCCUGUCGGAGAUGCCAUAUGAUAUGCAUAGACCAAGAUACAGCCAAAAAAAGCGAGGAGCCGUUCGUGACCUUGGCCAAGACGAGAAGGUUUGAUGGCAAGGUGUUCUUUGGAACGCAUAUGUGCCAUAUGCCUUUACCAAGAGCUGACACUAAGGAGGCCCAGUUUCCUACCAUUGCGGUGGGAGAUAAAGUACUUAUAGAUCCAGUCUAA